UUGCAGUGCAGUGUGUACUGUAGCGUACACCCUUGUUCUUUUACUCUCUCUACGCUUAAAACCCUAACUCGCAGUGCCUUCGAUUUUCUCUUUCCCUCUUCGAAGCACCGAUUCACCGAACGAACGCACACACGCACACACAUACACUCUCCCUCAGUGUUAGUGUGAUGGCGACGGAAGAGAAAGAGAAGGGAUACGAAGGGGGAGCAGGAGGGAAGUUUCGGAAACGCCCCUUCCGCAGCAGGAUCCAAACGACGCCGUACGAUCGGCCCCCAACGUCCCUCCGAAACCCUAGCAGGAAGAACAACAAUGGUUGGUUGUCGAAGCUGGUGGAUCCCGCUCAGAGGCUCAUCACUUACAGCGCUCACUCUCUCUUCUCCUCGCUUUUCCGCAAGCGCCUUCCUCCACCACCUUCUUCAGAGACGGAACAGGAAGCGAGGAACAAUCAUCUGGAAGAUGCCGUCUUUGUUACAAACAACAAUUCCUCUGGCACACAGCAAGGACCUGUUGGCGGAAGUGAUGCUCAAAUUAAUUGUUCUGACGGGGGUGGAUUAACUGAACUUGAGAAACUAUUAAAGCAGAAGACUUUCACCAGAUCUGAGAUUGAUCAUUUGACAGCACUUAUGCGUUCAAGAACUGUCAAUGCACCUGUCAAGGAAGAAGUAAAGGGGACAGAAAUGGUUCCCUCAGAACCAAUGUUGCUGAGUGGAAUAAAGGAAUAUCCCAAAACACCUGCACUAGAAAAUGGAACUAAAAAUGGUCUUGUUGUAACCCCACAUGUUGCUUCAAGUUUUCCUGUUGAGGAUGUUGCUUCACCUGCGGAGCUUGCAAAGUCUUACAUGGGGAGCAGGCCUUCCAAGGUAUCCUCUUCAAUUUUAGGCAUGCAAACUCUUGCACUCAGGGAGGAUCCAACUCUUGUAAACAGUGAAAACGUUCCUCUGAAAUCCCCUAUUAUGUCCAUUGUGCCAAGGGCUACUAGACAUGCUGCAGUUCAUGAAAAUGGUUUUGUGACCUCAAGAUCUCGUGGCAGAUCUGCAAUAUAUAAUAUGGCUCGAACACCAUAUGCCAGAAUUUAUCCAACAUCCACUCUCAAGGGUGGGGGGUGUGCUGUUGAAGGUGAGCCAUCAUCUUCAAGUCAGUUUGCAUUGAAUCAUGACGUGCGUUCAGGAUCUAAACUAGGGUCUGUAAAACGUAGAAGUUCAGUAUUGGAUAAUGAUAUAGGAUCUGGUGGUCCUUUUCGGCAAAUUCGUCAGAAGUCUAAUAUUCUAUAUUCUAAAGGCUCAUGCUCACCUAUUUCUGGUAGCUCUUCAUCUGUUGCUAGGAGCGGAAUGGUUAUGGAUGCUGCUCUGCAACCCUUGUCUUCCAUGCAGAAGUCUGCAAAAGAAAAUGUGGAUGGCAUUAUACCUAGUUCGAGCUUACCCUCUUUACCCUCAAAAUCCAGUGAAGUGGCCUCAAAAAUACUACAUCAACUUGAUAAGUUGGUUUCUCCAAAAGAAAAAUCAUCUGAAUUAAGGCUACCAAUUGUGAAUGGUAAUUCACCAACAAAGUUGUCGCCUUCCAUGUUACGUGGACAGGCACUUAGAAGCAUGGAAAUGGUAGAUUCGUCAAAAUUGCUAGACGGUGUACAUGGUAAUAAAUUAGAUGGCCCAUUUGGAAAUUUUUCAGCUAGUGCUCAAAAUCAGAAGUCAAAUUCUCAGAGAGAUAAAGUUGAAAAUGGUCCAUUGAAGCUUGUUGCUCCUUCCACUGGAUUAAUUCCACUUGUAACAGCUGUGGAUGCUACAAACCCAAGGAAUCAAGUCUUGUAUAGUGCAAAAUCUGGGGAUUCUUUUGUGAUAAAAUCUGUUUCUGACCCUCCACCAAAGAAGAGGGCAUUCCAUAUGAGUGCACAUGAGGAUUGUCUGGAUCUGGAUGAUGAUGCUUAUCUAAAUGGAGCUGUCUCUUCUUUUUCUCCUGUUGAGAAAGAAAUGACAAGCUCCACUGCUGUGAUGGGGAAAACUACUUCUGGUAUUGAAGCAAUUGCACUGGAGAAUCCAUCGGCAUUAUCUGUAAUAAUGCCACCUAAAAGUUCUAUAGUAGAUGGUGAGGCUCAUGUUGGGACUGCCGAUGAGUCUAGGGUUGGUGAGAAAGUUGAUGCAUCUACCUCUAUGACAUCAUCUAUCCUUGAUCCAACCUUCAAGCCAUUUACAGCAGCUACACAAACAAGUUUUGGUUUUGACAAGCCUGCUUCACCAAAUGGAUCAAUUGUUAAACCUUCCUUUACUUUUGGGGAUAAAGUGAUUUCGUUGACAGAGUUUAUGGCUCCUGGUGCUCCAUCAAAGGACAUAACCAAAUCUGGUCCAAUAUUUGGAUUGGAAAAAGUUGUUUCAUCAAAGGAGCCUGUUGCUGAUGCUCCAUUGGUGGACUUUGGCUCCAACAAAAAUGUUAACAAGGUUCCAUCAACGCCAUUUACUGCUGCAUCAUCAGUUGUUGGUGAAUCCCCUUUUCUGAAAUUUGGUGCUUCUUUUGACUCGAAGCUGGGAAGUUCAAUUAGCUCUACUACUGUUGCUGGUGUGACUGGUUCUAUGCCAAAAGUUCGUGAAUCUGAUAAUGGCAAUACUGAAACUAAUAAAGAUACUGGAUCUUCUGUUAGGGCAUCAGAACUAGCUAUUACAUCUGCUGCAUCAACAUUGUUGACAUCAUCCAAGAGUAUAUUCAAUUUUGGCCACAAUUCGAAUCAAAAUAACGGGUCUCUUCUUUCAAGCACUUCAUUUUCUUCUUUUCCACCUCCUGUAUCAAAUAAUUUUACCAGUCAGAAUAUAUCUAGUUCAUCAUCUGCUGCCACAAGCAGUGGCAUUAGUGCCACUGGAAAUUCUACUAGCAUGGCAACUAUCUCACCUGCCACAAUUGCAUCUAGUAAUAGUUGUUUCUCUACCCCAGUGGUGGCAUCCUCAUCGUCAGCAAUUUCCUUUUUUAAAUUUGGAUCCUCUCCUGUCCAAUCAGCAGGUUUACCUGUGUCAUCUUCUGGUUCAGAACCACCAGAAACUAAAAGCAGACAGGAUGCAGGAAUCAGUGGUCUUAGCAGCACUGCAUUUGGUGCUAGCAGUGGUAUUUUUGGCUUCAGCUCUUCAGCAAUGACAACUGUAAAUAGCCAGUCUCAGAGUUCUGCCUUUGGUGCUAGCAGUGGUUCUGUGCUUGGUGCCCAGACUUCAUUUACCAGUGGGUUUGCAACUUCUACUCAGACCCAGUCAGUCUCAUUUGGUUCAUCUGCAUCAUCCUCAUCAUUUGGGUUGACCGGGAACCCACCUUUUUCUUCGAGCAGGUCUUCAUUUCCUUCGUCCAGCCCUACAGCAAGUGCAGCUUUUCCUUCUGGGAGUUCGAUGUUUCCUUCUUCGAGUCCUGCCACAAAUGUUUUCAAUUCUGGCACAUCUUUUGGACUUGACACGUCUGCUUCCUCUUCAGCUGUCAACUCUGUGAGCUCCAAUAGUGGCCCAAGUUCUACUUUAUUUGGAUCUAGUUGGCAGCCCAGCAAGUCUCCAUUUGGUUCUACAUUUACUUCAUCAUCGUCAUCUGGGUUUUCCUUCGGAGGAACAUCCACUGUUUCUGUUACUUCUGCCAGUUCACCCUCGAUGUUUUUAUCAACCUCCAGUGCAUCAACUCCUCAAUUCUCAUUCACUCCGGCAGCAGCCUCUACCUCCACGCAGCCUGCUUUUGGAAGUCCUAAUCCUGCCUUCGCAUUCGGUUCAGCUCCUGUUAAUAAUGGUGAGAUGAGUAUGGAGGACAGUAUGGCUGAGGAUACAGGUCUAGCAACUCCACCUGCGACUGCUGUAUACAGUCAGCAACCUGCCCCAGUUCAAUCAAAUUUUUUAUUUGGAGCAUCGACUCCAUCAGGAGGCAGUCCUUUCCAGUUUGGUAGUCAACAGAAUAUUGCUCCACUGAACCCUUCUCCUUUUCAGGCUUCUGGCAGUCUAGGAGGGAGUUUCUCAUUGGGCACAGGUGGAGGUGACAAAUCUGCUAGAAGAAUUGUGAAAGUUAAACAUAAACCCCGCAAGAAGUAGGACCUAACAGCACAAGAAACAAGACCUAAAGAAUUAUGAAAAUGGUUACCUUGUAUCGUGCUGCAGGCGACACUUGUGCAACAAAUAAAUAAGCCCUUAAGAGUGAUUGCCGGAUAUUACUGCUCGCAUGACAGUCAGGACAAGGGGGUGCUAUGCUAAUCAGCAUAUGCAAGCUUGUCGUCAGUCUUCUUUUGCCUUCCAUAUUCAAUAGAAUACAAGGCUGAAGUUUAUACCAAUUUUGUAUUAGUAUGAUAUGAAGAAACAUGACGUGCUGUACUACUAGUAAUGGUUUUGGGUCACAGUCCAUGAUUUAGCCAGUUGUGAUGAUAUGGUAUUCACAAAGAUCGCUGUAUCCUCGUUACGUGUAAUAUAACCAGAAUUAGAAUCAAUUUAUAGCUUAGCUGGUUGUAACUUAAAAGUUCUAGCGAGCAAUCUGUGAAAUGAUUAUUUUUGUUUAGAAGUCGAUAAAAUUAGAAAACAGUGGGUGUAAUAUUUUUAGCAAAAGACGGAGCUCAAAUUUUUUUCUGAA